AUGGGAUUUGGAGUUGGUGGUGUGGCUAGUAGAAUGUUGGAUUUAAGGAUGGUCCAAAACCACAAGCGUUCAAAGAGUGCCAGCUUUCCAGAAAUGAAAAGAGCUGAGGAAGAUAAAACCUCAAAUAGUAGUUCUCUUGAAGCCUCUCAACGCAUCAAGCUGGACAUGGGUCGUCCAAAUGAAUCAACCAGAACCAAGCAUAAGCAAGUUCCUUCGAUCACCGAAACUUCAUUGAAGCAAGAGAUUAAUCAGCUCGAGACUAGUUUAGAAGAUCAGUUUAAGGUUCGUUGUGCCUUAGAGAAGGCGUUAGGUUAUCGAACAGCAUCUGCUUACUUAUUGAGUGAAACCAGCGACAUUCCCAUGCCUAAGCCAGCUACUGAUUUGAUCAAAGACAUUGCGGUUCUGGAGAUGGAAGUUAUACAUUUGGAACAGUAUCUUCUUUCAUUAUAUAGAAAAGCUUUUGAGCAGCAAGUCACUUCUGUAUCUCCAAAUUCAGUGAACAAGAAGAAGCCAAAAUCUCCUCCUGAAGCAACCCCUAGAAGGCGUCUAGACUUUUCUGAAGAUGAUGACACGCCAUCGAAAACAGAUCUGCCUACUAAUCCUCUGCUUGAUGAUAAUCAACAUCAACCAAAGGAAACCGAGAUUCCUGCGGGAGGCCGAGACCAAAUGGACCCUAGUUUUCAUCGUAGCCGCUCUCAGCGUUCAGCAUUUGAAAGUAGAAGAACUUCUCCAGAAGAUUCUUGGAGUAAAGCCAUCCGCUCUUGUCACUCCCAACCGCUGUAUGUGCAGAAUGGAGAAAAUCUAAUCAGUCUGGCUGAACAUCUUGGCACCCGAAUCUCGGAUCAUGUUCCAGAGACACCCAACAAGUUAUCUGAAGGAAUGGUUCAGUGUAUGUCAGAAAUAUACUGCAAGCUUGCAGAGCCACCUUCUGUACUACAACACAGCCUUUCAUCUCCAAACUCAUCUUUAUCAUCGAGUGCAUUUUCGCCCUCUGACCAAUACGAUACAUCGAGCCCUGGAUUCGGAAACGACUCUUCUUUCGAUGUACGGCUAGAUAACUCUUUCCAUGUAGAAGGACAAAAGGACUUCAGUGGACCUUACAGCACCGUGGUUGAAGUGCUUUGCAUUUACAGAGACGCCAAAAAGGCCACUGAGGUCGAAGAUCUUCUGCAAAACUUCAAGUCACUCAUCAGUAGAUUGGAGGAAGUCAAUCCAAGGAAAUUGAAACAUGAAGAGAAGCUAGCUUUCUGGAUAAAUGUUCACAAUGCACUUGUGAUGCAUGCUUUUUUAGCUUAUGGGAUUCCACAGAACAAUGUGAAGAGAGUCCUACUGCUGCUCAAGGCUGCAUAUAACGUUGGUGGACACACAGUUAGCGCCGAAGCGAUACAGAAUUCGAUUCUUGGAUGCAAAAUGUCUCAUCCUGGACAGUGGCUUAGACUACUAUUUGCUUCGAGGAAAUUCAAAGCCGGAGAUGAGAGAUUAGCUUACUCGAUCGAUCAUCCCGAACCUCUCCUACAUUUUGCACUUACUUCAGGCAGCCACUCCGAUCCCCCGGUUCGUGUAUAUACACCGAAACGGAUCCAGCAAGAGCUCGAAACAUCGAAAGAAGAGUACAUAAGAAUGAACUUAAGCAUCCGCAAUCAGAAAAUCCUAUUGCCAAAGCUUGUGGAGACAUUUGCAAAAGACUCCGGUUUAUGUCAGGCGGGUUUGACGGAGAUGGUUAACCGGAGUAUACCGGAAUCUUCAAGAAAAUGUCUGAAGAGAUCUCAAUCUAGUAGUAAAUCACGCAAGCCAAUUGAUUGGAUCCCUCACAGCUUUACAUUUAGAUAUCUUAUUCUUAGAGAAGCUGCCAAAUGA